UUUUUACAUUUAUAAAAUUAUCAAAGACGACGUUAAAUCACACAAUGCGUGAAGAUAACACGUUUGCUCGUAGUUCGGUCUUGAGGUUAGAUGUCAACUGCCUGCCAAAGUGUUUGUCAGUGUUAUCACUUAUCAGAAAAUGUGGCAGUUUUCAAAACAAUUUCAAAUGAGUGUUAGUGUGUCACUGUGGAAACGUGAUAGUCGUAACUUAAAAAAUCGUAAUUGAUAUGUUGUUGAAACGCCUCCCUGUAACCUAGUGACGAUGGGGGUUAGCUACGAUUUGUUUUUUCUCACGUUUUUGUUCCUUUUGACUUGCACGUUCGGGUACUUUGGCAACGUCUUGGACGAUGAUUGUUUUUGCCAGCUUCAUGGAAAAAUCGACGACUGUUCGUGUAACGUAGAUACAGUAGACCACUUUAAUAACGUAAAAAUCUACCCCAGAUUGCGCAGUUUGCUCCACAAGGGGUAUUUCCGCUUUUAUAAGGUGAAUUUGCGGAGACCAUGUCCCUUUUGGUCUGACGACAGUAGAUGUGCCAUGAGGUACUGUCACGUGGAGGCUUGCGAAGAUAAAGACAUCCCUGUGGGGCUCAAAGGCGGUUUAGAAAACCACAGUUCAAAAAAUUUGUAUGUGACUCAAAGUUGUGAAGACGAUCACAACGCCGAGCUGGGUUACUUGAAUACUACAAUUAGCGCAAAAGUGCAAGAAGACAUAGUUCUCUGGAGCGCUUACGACGACGCCCAAGACAACUUUUGCGUCCUUGAGGACAACGACAGUGAAUCGGAAUACGUGGAUUUGCUUCUAAAUCCAGAACGAUACACUGGAUACAGGGGCAAGUCGGCGCACCGUAUUUGGAACAGCAUCUACAUGGAGAAUUGCUUCAGAAGCACGAAAAACGACAAUCCGUACAUCCAGAGCUCCAAGCUCAACAAUAUGUGUCUGGAGGAACGCGUUUUUUACCGAGCUAUUUCGGGCCUCCACGCUAGCAUAAAUAUCCACUUGUGCGCGCAAUUUUUGCUCUCCGAAACGAGUUUGAGCGAACCUGACGGCAAGUGGGGGCCCAAUUUGAGCGAGUUUUUGAGACGCUUCUCGAAAGAGACCACGCGCGGUGAAGGCCCCCACUGGCUCCGGAAUUUAUAUUUUGUUUACUUGCUCGAGCUGCGAGCGUUAAAUAAAGCCAUGCGUUAUUUGGAGAAAGAGGAGUUUUACACGGGGAAUGAGAGCGAAGACUGGGACACGCAACUUGCUGUUAAGGACCUCCUCAGUGUCGUCCAAAAAUUUCCAAACCACUUCAACGAAACCACCAUGUUCACGGGCAGCGAACAGGCGGAGAAGCUUAAGUACGAAUUUAAGCAACACUUCCGGAAUGUGUCCAAAAUUAUGGACUGUGUCGGGUGCGAUAAAUGCAGAUUGUGGGGAAAGUUACAAGUGCAGGGCUUAGGAACUGCGUUGAAAAUUCUUUUUUCCGGGAAGUUUGAUGAUCAGCUGGACUUAUCAUCGGACAGGAAGAAAUUCCAGUUGCAAAGAAGUGAGAUUGUCUCACUUGUAAAUAGUAUCGGAAGGCUGUCUACGAGUAUUUAUGAAUUGGACGAAUUCCGUCAAAUGUUACGAUGACCUUGGUGGUCGUCAAGUGGCAAAACCGUUUCAUAAUUUAACAAAGAGCGGUCGUGGGACCAAAGUGUGCAGAGGCGUGCUAGAAUGGUAACGAAAAUAUGUAUAGAAUUAGUUCGGUGAUGUGUAACUCCGCCCUUACCCAAAAUAGUAACCAAACUACAUUUUGAAUUAAUUUGGCAGUGAACUGCUAGAAAGUUAAAAAUGGUUAACGAAGUGACGGUAGCAAAAUUCGUGAACAGGGGCGUGGCAAAGUGGUAACGAAAAUAAGUUUAGAAUUAGUUUGAUGAUGAUAAACUGCUCGUUUGGGAAAAAAUAUACAUUUACUGCAUUUAUCAACAAAAAGAAAGUUGAAUUAUGAAUUAUUACUUAAUUAACUCAGUCGUGGACAGGAGCGUGCUAGUGGUAACGAAAAUACGUUUAGACGUGGUAUGUGGAGACCCCGUUUUAAUUGAAUGUCUGCUUCCAAAAUUACCUCCAAAAUUGUAGGGUGGUAACGAAAAUAUGUUUAGACUUUUUUCGGUAAUGAAAUGGCCAAAAAAAAUCGUAAUCGACAAAAUGAAAUUGCUAUUUAGGCGUGGUAAUGUGGUCACGAAAAUACGUUUAGACGUGAUAUCUAGCGGCCACGCUCCUAUUGCUGCGACAAAAUUAUUUUAGAAUCGUAGUGGUAACGAAAAUAUGUUCAGACUUAUUUCGAUGAAGAAAUGGGCAAAAAUUUAAAAAAGUAGUCAACAAAAUGAAGUUACAUUUUUGAUUCACCUAAUUAAUAAGGCGUGGUAACGAAAAUACGUUUAGAAUUAGUUCGGGGAUAAUACAGGCGUGGCUGUGAACUGACCACGCCUUUAAACCACCAUGACGUGAAGAUAUGCGAGACUUAUUUACAUAAUUUGGCAAAAAACCGUAAAAAUGUAAGCAGUAGUGCGUAACAGUGUGGUCACGAAAAUACGUUUAGACGUGAUAUCUAGCGGCCACGCUUUUUUUGCUGCGACAAAAUUAUUUUAGAAUCGUAGUGGUAACGAAAAUAUGUUCAGACUUAUUUCGAUGAAGGAAUGGGCAAAAAUUUAAAAAAGUAGUCAACAAAAUGAAGUUACAAUAUUGAUUCACCUAAUUAAUAAGGCGUGGUAACGAAAAUAUGUUCAGACUUAUUUAGAUGAAGAAAUGGGCAAAAAUUUCAAAAAGUAAAAUGUAAUCAGUAGUGCAUAACAGUGUGGUAACGAAAAAACGUUUAGACGUGAUAUCUAGCGGCCACGCCCCUGAUGCUGCGACAAAAUUGGUAACGAAAAUAUGUUCAGAAUUAGUUCGGUGAUGUGUAACUCCGCCCUUACCCAAAACAGUAACCAAACUAUAUUUUUAAUUAAUUUGGCAGUGAACUGCUAGAAAGUUAAAAAUGGUUAACGAAGUGACAGUAGCAAAAUUCGUGCACAGGGGCGUGGCAAAGUGGUAACGAAAAUACGUUUAGAAUUAGUUUGAUGAUGAUAAACUGCUCGUUUGGUAAAAAAUAUACAUUUACUGCAUUUAUCAACAAAAAGAAAGUUGAAUUAUGAAUUAUUACUUAAUUAACUCAGUCGUGGACAGGAGCGUGCUAGUGGUAACGAAAAUACGUUUAGACGUGCUAUGUGGAGACCCCGCUUUAAUUGAAUGUCUGCUUCCAAAUUUAUCUCCAAAAUUGUCUCCAAAAUUGUAGGGUGGUAACGAAAAUAUGUUUAGACUCAGUUCGGUAAUGAAGUGGCCAAAAAAAAAUCGUAAUCAACAAAAUGAAAUUGCUAUUUUUAUUCACUUUAAAAAAAUAAGGCGUGGUAAUG